AUGAAGGGCAAUAAGAGCCAUGUGAUCCUGUCGGUGCUGGUACUGGUGACAGUGAUAAGUGUUGCCAACGGUGGCAGUUUGACCUAUCUGAAUGUGCUCAAAUCGAUAACGGAUGUGCGAGGUGACAUUAGGACAAGCCUACGUGCUAUUCGGGAACUGGCUGUGCAGAGCGGGUUGAUUGCAAGUUCGAAAAACGGAACUUCCACACCUGCUCCAGCUAUGAGCGAUCAACAGCCUUUGGAGUUACGGAUGGAUCCGGAAGAGUCUACGGAAGAGUCGGACGAGGAGUCGGCGGAGGAGGACGACGAAGAAGAGGUGGCGGCAAUUACAGAAGGCCGCAAGAAAGGAGGUGGAAGUGACAGCAACAACAACAACAUUGUUGUAGCUGGCGGUGGAGGCGGCGGACACGGCCAUGAAGUGUACUACGAAGUGCACGAAGAGGACAGUGGUGGCAAGAAAGGAAAGAAGAAGAAGGGUAAGAAGAACAGAAAGAAACGAAAGAAGCACAAAGGUUGGAAGAAGCACAUGAAGAAAGCGGUCCCAAUCGGUCUUGGAAUUUUGGCUCUGAAAGCAAUUCUCCUGCAUUUUAUCCUGAAGAAGUUGGUCUUGGCUACGGCGCUUUCUCUUCUUUUAAGCAAGAAAUCCUUGCUGGUAUCGUCACUGAUCGCCCUAAAGCUCAUGUUCAGUCAACAACACAGCAGCGACAAGAGUGAAAGCAGUAAACUGGAGGUAGUUCACAUCCCAAUUCGAAAGGAAACCGGCUUCCACAAAAAGAUCCAACUAAAUAAGGUCCAGGGAAAAUCCAAAACAAAAUUUCAGUCAAAUCAAAUCCAUCCAACCCUGAAACCCCAGCACAGCUUUAACCACUAUGGAUCGGGAUCGCUGAUCAAGCACACCCACCAGCAGAUGGAAGACUUUGGCGGAAAGUACAUCCCGCUGGGAUACGAAAGCACUCAGUUCAACUAUGACCUAACGACACCAACUACGUAUCUGGACUCCCUACCGGAAGGUUCGGAGGACAACUUCUUCGAUGUGAACGAUUUGCAGUACAUCCGCCGAGAAGGUUGGGAUGGCUGGACCGGUUGGAAUCGAGGCGAAGUAAGCGCGGAUACCAACGGCUAUGCUGGCUAUGAGCCCAGUACAUCGACCGAUUACAGUGUGAGUUCGAGCUACGAUCAACCGUACAGCUACAAUAGCCAUGGAAACGGUGUCCGAUACGGUGAGAAUAAUUACAACAUCAACAACAACGGCCAGGGGGGAAGUCAAAUCAACUACAAGCAACGGAACCUAAGUUUGAUGAAGUAUAGACGGAAGCGAAGGGUAGAAGGAGGCGCUCAGAAGUGAGUGUUGAAGAAGAAAGCUAUUAAUCUCAAAAACCAAAAAUUAAAUAGAAUACAUUAAAAACCUAAGAAGAGCUACUAACAUUAAAUAUUGCAAGUGUUAGGUUAAGGCAUUAGCAUUUAGUAAAUUAUUUAUAUUUAUCUGUUUGAGGAAUUCUG